GAGGCGUAGUAUAGGUGGACGCGAGGCGAAAUAGAGAGUCGCGAGGCGUAAUAGUGAGACGCGUAUGUAAUAAUAGAGAGAUGCGAGGCGUAAUAGAAGGACGCGAUGCGUAACAGAAGGACGCGUUGCGUGAUGGAAAGACGCGCAAACAAGGGCGACGCGGCGUGUAGGAAGAGGGGACGCGUACUUUCGCGCCAUUUGCCUUGGUUACCCGUGAAUAAAUUUCGAAUUUUUUCAAUUGACUGGCAAAUUAAUCAAGACAAAACACGAAAGAAAAAGUAAGUUUUUGUAGCAGCUGGGCUGACCGUUCUCUCUGAUUUUUUCUCUCCUGUUUUUUUAAUUUCUGCUGUAUUAUAGUUAUAUUCUGAUAAAUUGUGAGAAGUUGCUAAUUCAUAAGUAUGUGUAGUAGUGAAGGGAAGCAAUGUAGGGCAACGACGACAUUUGUCAACACAGGUAUAGCUGGCACCCCCCCCCCUCCUCAUAUAUAUUUUCUCAUUAAAAUUUGUAAUGGGCUAGCUAUACUAUUGCUAUAAAUAAUGGAUUAUAUUAUUUGCCCUAGCAACUUUUACUUCCUUUUUUCCUUCCCUUGUAUACACCACCAAUCAACCCCCCUCCCCCUGCAACGAGGAGGGUGCCGAUAAGCCGAAAAAUGUUAUUACACUGCUUGCAUGCUAUUCUGUUAUAAGCAAUGUGCUGUUUUUGUAUUAAUAUUGUGUUUUGUAUCACCAUGUGAUUACAAUGUUUUGAUAGGUAAACAGGGCAGCUUAUAAAACAGAACGUAGGACUACGACUGGUAGUUAAAUGGAACUGUGCGGUGCAUAUGCAUGUGUACAACAACACUGUCAACAGGUGUAUUGUAAUGAUGGCAAAUUUCUCAAGUUUUGGUUUUCUUCAAGUGACACUGCACCCAUUUUCAAGAAUUUUAAAUAAUGCAGCAAAUAUGUACAAUGUUCUUAUUCGAUUUUCCUUUAAGGAUAUUCUUAAGACAUUUUUAAAUUUUUGUCUUACUAUCGUGAAUAUUUAUCGGCAUGGUUGUAAUUUUCAAAACUUUCAAGCUAAAUUGUAUGUGAUGUUUUAGGAAUUAAAAAUUGAUUCAGCAUGCAGAAAGUGAAAGACGCUAUAGACAGACUGAAUAAUGCAUUGGAUGGUCUGUCAUCAUCAACAACAAGUACUCAAAAUAAUCCAAAUCAGAACAUCUUCCAGAGUCCAAACUCACAUCCAAGUCCAAACUUACAUCCAAGUCCACAACAUCAGAGAAUUCUACAAGAUUUCAAUAAGCAAUUUCCAGCGUUGAAUGCUGGUGGUAGCCGAUAUCGCCCACAAGCAAAGAAACCACGUCUCUCUAAUAACUUCAUUAAGGACACAUGGACCCAUAAAUUCUGUGCACUGAGCUACAAAGAUACAUCAGUUUCACCUAAUACACGUGAAUUAAUGGAGCUAAACCAAGUUGGUCUCGGAAUUGAAAAAGUUGUUUUUCCUUCCAAAACUGGAACACAUGCUAUGCUUCUGGAAGAGUUAACAAAAGCUUAUCCAAAAUUAUCAUCACAGAGUGGUGGCAUUGAACUUCUGAGGGCUGAGAGUGGUGGAAUAAACCGACCAUUGGUGUUGAUACCACCAAGAAAAGAUGGUUAUUCUAUCAGCUAUUUAAAAAAUUUAGUACCCGGUCACGCUGUAAUAUACAUCAGACCAGUGCAGAGCGACUUACCAAUGGAGGAACCAACUAUGGAUUCAGGUAUUGAAGUUAACUGUGUACGAUGUAAUCAGAAAUAUCCGUUAAAUGAUUUAAGAUUCCAUCAAGCUUAUUGUCAACUUGAUGAUGACAUUUUUCCAGAGAUGAUAGACGAUGAAGCUGGGCCAUCGAAUGAAAAAGAAGUAGGAAGUACUUCUCCCCAUAUCGAUACUUUGUCGGCAAUGUUUCCUCGAAUCUCUAAAGCCACAAUUCAGGACAUUUUACGGAAUACCAAAUCUAUCGAUGUGGCAGCCAAUAUUUUGAGUGAGAAAAGUGCAAGUGAAAAUAUGUCUGACAUGCUGCAAAUUAAAUGUGUAGAUAAGGACAUGUCUUUAAAAGAAAUUCUCAAUCAAAUUACAUCUCUUGCUUCAGAAAAUGAUACAAUCACUUUGGAAAUUGAACGUGACAAUCUUUGGAUGGAAUCCUUGAGAUUUUACAAAAGGAACCUUGUGAAUUCUCAAGUUAUGACCAAAAAAUUGAUCAUUGAGUUUAAAGGAGAGGACGGCCUUGAUGGUGGGGCAAUGAAAACCGAAUAUUUCAACCUUUUGUUAGAAGAAGUUAAUUAGUUAGUUAAGAAGCGAUUCAUAUGGUAUAGAUUGGAGUGUACCGAGUCAUUAUAUCGAAACCCGUGACGAUGCUAUUGUGGUUCCCGAGAUAAAUCAUCCAUUUCAAAGUAAUGACUUAUACCUGGAAUUUUGUAGAUCUAACGAUCCAAUGGCAAAUUGCGAUAACUUCGGUAUCGAAGUGUUUCUUCGAACUGUUCAGGUCGUAGAAAGUACAUUGUUAUGAACACCACUAUUAGUUCACUCACAGAACUUUUGAUUGAAUUGCUUAACUUGACAUUAGUUACAUUAGAUACAUUACAAAGAAGAAAUUCAAACAUUUUGUUCACUAUAUACGUACUAGAUAUUAUGCUUAGGUAAAAUAAAGCUCCUUCAGUUCUUCUAACCACGCGAAAAAAUAGCCACAGCAGUAGUCAUUUAAUAAGUUCUUCCCGUGCCUAAUUAUAGAGCGCGCUCUUUUUUGUUUCCCCGUCCCAACGUCGAAAAGUUGUAUUAUGCCCUGAUCGAGGUUGUUAUUCUGCUUAUCAUAACUCCCCUCUAAUAGGCAUAUAAUAUACACGAGAGGUUAUGAUGAACUAGUAGCCCUUGUACACCAAGUAUGGAAUCUUUUUUUUUCAUUUUUUCCUUUUAAAGUAUUCAUGACAAGAAAAAAGUGAAGAUGUA